AUGGCAGAAGCAGUUCAACCGAAUCUAGACAAUAGUUAUCUAUUUUACCUAUCCAUCUCCGACGACAGAUAUUUAGCAUCUGCCUGCCCCGACACCAAACAAAGCGAAAAGGUACCGAGAAUGACCUCUAGCACAGCUCCAGCGACCAGCAGUUAUAACGUCGACAGCAUAUUCGAGAUUGACGACGAGAAUAUUAGCGCGUGUCCAGAGCUGGCACACAGCGGCUCCACUGGCGCAGAACUGACACCAGGGAAUUCGAUCCUGAGUGCUCCUACCAGUACAGUCGUGCCUCAAGAUUUCAUCAAUGCUACACAACUAAACUACAGAAAAUGGCUGUCCAUGCAUCUCGAUUGCAAGUAA